CUCACGAGCAAACGCUAGCGGGAACGAGUGAAACUAAGCAGGGGGGGGCGGUUGGUUCCGAUAAACGACACCGCCAAGACGGAUUUCUUGUGGGACAAACGCACCGGCCUCGCUGCGAAAACGAUGCCUCAUUCAAGACGGUACCGCUCCUCUGAGCGGGGUAGCCAUAGUAGUUACCAGGACCGGUACCGGGGCCGUAAACAUAGAAGAAGACAUAGCCGGUCGAGGUCAAGUAGCAGUGAGAGGGAAAGAAGAGGCCGAAAACCAGAGGAUAACUUCCAUCUGCGCUCUAGGAGCUAUGAUAACCACUCCAUGGACUGUAGAGCAUAUGAUCGACGCUAUUGUGAAGGCUACCGGAGACUGGACUACAGCAGAGACCAUGUUGCUGAUGGUUAUUAUGAGACAGACUACUCAUCACAUCACCGCUCCUAUGAGUAUCGACGCUCUCGAGACAGGGAGGACACCUAUCGUAGUCGAAAGAGCAGCAGGCGUAAGCACAAACGAAGGAGACGUAGAACCAGGUCUUAUAGCGCAUCCUCCUCGAGAAGUGGAAACAGCAGCGGGGGCAGGACUCGGGCGAAGAGCGUGAGAGAUGACGAGGAAGGUCACCUGGUGUAUCGUCCCGGCGACUGCCUACAAGAAAGAUAUGAAAUUGUAAGCACACUUGGAGAGGGCACAUUUGGAAGAGUGGUUGAGUGUUUAGAUCAUCAAAGAGGCGGAUCAAGAGUCGCACUUAAAAUAAUAAAGAAUGUGGAGAAGUACAAAGAAGCUGCUCGUUUGGAGAUCAAUGUUUUAGAGAAAAUUAAUGAGAGAGAUCCUGACAACAAGCAUUUAUGUGUUCAGAUGUUUGACUGGUUUGACUAUCAUGGACACAUGUGCAUCUCUUUUGAGCUUCUGGCCCUCAGUACCUUUGACUUCCUGAAAGAGAACAACUAUGUGCCAUAUUCCAUUUCCCAAGUUCGGCAUAUGGCAUACCAGAUUUGUCAAGCUGUUAAAUUUCUUCAUGAUAACAAGUUAACCCACACAGAUUUAAAACCUGAAAAUAUUCUGUUUCUGAAUUCCGACUAUACAAUAAGUUAUAAUGCCGAAAAGAAACGUGAUGAACGUACAGUGAAGAACACAUCAGUGCGGGUAGUGGAUUUUGGAAGUGCUACCUUUGACCAUGAACACCACAGCACCAUUGUUUCAACCAGACAUUACAGGGCACCUGAGGUGAUCUUGGAAUUGGGAUGGCACCAGGCUUGUGAUGUUUGGAGCAUUGGAUGCAUAAUAUUUGAAUAUUACCUUGGCUUCACAUUGUUUCAGACGCAUGACAACAGAGAACACUUAGCAAUGAUGGAGAGAAUUUUAGGUCCAGUUCCUUCUAGAAUGAUUCGAAAAACUCGUAAGCAAAAGUAUUUCUACCAUGGAAGACUUGAUUGGGAUGAAAGCUCUUCAGCUGGGCGAUAUGUCAGAGAGAACUGUAAACCACUCCGGAGGUAUAUGCUUUGUGAAGCAGAGGAGCAUCAUCAGCUGUUUGAUCUCAUCGAGAGCAUGCUAGAUUAUGAGCCAUCAAAACGUGUAACUUUGAGCGAAUGCCUGAAGCACUCUUAUUUUCUGCCACUGCGAAACGGCUCAGAGCAGCAAGGGAGCUCUAGUGGGAAGAACUGGGAAGGCAACCGUGACAUCAGCCGGUGACCUUUAACCUAAAGAGAAUCUGGAGUAGCCAGAUGCAUUAAAAACUUCUCUGAUCACUUCUGGCUUUAAAAAGAAUUACAUUAUGUGGUUCAUCUUUCAAGAGCUACAAGGAUUGUUGACUUGUGGGCAAGAUUUGCUCACAUUGCACCGUGGCAAAAAUUACUUGCAUUUGUUUCUGGGUGGAGGAAAAUUGAGGAGUUAUGGUUCCUCCUCUUUCUUCUUUGAACUGUUCAUGGAUUUUGUACUUGGAUGCUGCUGCCAAAGGCUACUGGAGUAUUCUAGUGGUGAAGUUUGAGUGUGAGAAUUAAGAAACCUUCAGGUUACAUGUGAUCUACCAAUAAGGCUUAGAGAUGAACCAUUGCUGCAAAAUUGCUGCUCCUUUUUUGCUCUGUUUUGUGUAAAACAGGGCCAGCACAUUUAGGAAGCAGUGUUCCAUAGCACGACUGCUUUUAAUGCAGUCUACCCUCUCCUUUACAUGUAUCUGCCUUAUUCAUUCCUUCCAUGACAGUAUCCCUUAUUAAAGGAGUGGUUAAGAAUAAAUUGUAGUUUUGUGGGGUUAAUUAUUCUUCAAUGUUACAUGGGGUUUAAACAGGUUUUGUGAGGGCACUGUUCAAUGCUGCACAUCUAGGGUUGGGUUUCACUUUCAUGUAUGGUUUAAAGGUUGAGUUUAGCACACAACGCAUAGAAUAUAACAACUUCUACUGCCAAUGUUAAGUGACCCAGGCUUUGAAAUUGAAACAAAAUGAAUGGCACUUGGCUUAAUUUCAAGAAGGAAAAAAAUUGCAGAAGUCUGCACAAUAAGGUUGUCCUUUUGUUGUAAUCUUAAAUUUACUGUUUUUCAGUAAGGUUUUCAAGACUAGUAAGCAGUGAGAGUCUGGAACCUAAACAAAAAUUGACAUGCUAGUAAUUUGCUGAAACUGAAAUACUUUUCCACUAGGUUCCUUUGUAUGUUUAAUCAUUCUUUGGUAUGAAACAAUCGUGACACAUGCAAUAAAAUAUUACAGUACAAAACUGAAAUAACACCUCCUUUUGAAAAUGUUUUUGUAAACAAUACAUACUGAAUAGGAAAUGUUUUUAAAGUGUUUAUUUUAUGCAUUUAAAAUAAUUUAGAUGUGGGGACUGUUUAGUGUAGCAUUUGUAUUUAUUUGUAUAAAGGUGAGAAAAGCAAAUGUAGACUGCCCCUAUUCAGCCUCGGUUCAUUUGAUGCCCUCCAUCAUUCCUCCGAGGAUAUGUGUUCUCCCUUACCAGCUCUUCCUAUGGUUAGACCAGCAUCUACAUGUCAGUUUGGGAAAACUUCCUUCCAAUGUGAAAAUGUGUAUAUUCAUCAAACUUGUAAAUAAGGAGCGUUGUAAAUGUUUGCAAUUUUGUUUAUAUUUGUGUAUAAAGUUAUAAUUUGGAGAUAAAUAUGUCCUGUAAAAUCAUU